CAUCAGCAUGAAGCUGCCCUUAAUUCAAGAGAUUUCGGGAACAAGACGCCUUUUUUUGUGACCGAGAAGCGGUGGGCAUAUCAUUUUCUUGGACGCGAUUAUUACCUGAUGAGAAAGGAGAAGAAAUUUGAAUUUCUGCUGUUGCUUUUCUUUCCUAGCUAAGAAAAUGAGCCGGCGUUUAAGAAAUCGAGUCGUCAUUGCCACGUUGCUGCUACUAGUGCAUUGUGCCCGCUCUGGUUCUUCGCUGAAGCGACUGCAGGCAGAACCCGUUGCGAUUCCUGCUGAGGACGUUGUCGCCGCAUCAGCAGCCGAAGAGACAGCUGGAGGGGCACCCGGCGGUGAAGCUGAUCCUGCUGCCCAGCCUGGUCCUGAAGACGCUGCCACGGUGGGGAGUGCUGCUGAACCAGCACCACCCGAGGAGGCGGCGCCAGAUCCUGCCGGCCAGCCUGGUCCUGAAGACGCAGCCCCUCCUUCGGGGAACGCUGGUGGGUCGGCCCCCGAGGCUGCGGGCGGAAAUCAAGAUGCGUUUCCUUCUCCCUAUGGUGCUGAACCACCAGACAGCCCGGCACAGAAUACGCGGCAAAGUCGUGGGCCGCCGAUAAAGAAGCCGCAGCUACCAAAGGUUGUAGACCCCGAGCCGUGGUCGGAACCCUGGUUGAAAAAGCUUACCGACGCGCAAAUUCACGAAGUUUUGGACGAUACGGCCACGGACAUAGCAAACACGCCCCCGACGGACAUGAAAAAGAAGAAACAGCUUCUGAAACGACAAAGCGACAUCCUCCAGGUGUUGCAAGGGAAGGAGCUGCGGAAAACGGUACAGGAUUCGAGGACCACGCAGGUCGACCCGGAUCUGAAAAAAGCCACGGACCUGGACACGCUCGGGGACGCCGCCGGACAGAUGAAAUUGAAUCCAAACGUGGAGGAAGGCAAAAAUCGGUUCAGCGAAAUCGAUAUCGUCCUGUGUGAAAAUCCCGUCCGAUCGCCGUAGUUUAUUUGCAGGUCAUUUUCGAUUGGCAUGCCCUAAAAAUGAAAAUCGCCGGCGAAAAAUAUCGACUACACGAACAGUUCGCCGUUUCUUCUCAUGCCGAGCAUCUCUGGGUUUUCAGGGUUUUAUGAUUUAGGGUUUCACUACUUUCAUUUUGUUCCCGUCUGAUGCAUAAAGGGACCACCCUCCGUAAAAUGCUUAUAUUGAACCUGACUCGUGCUAAUCGAGGAGCAGGGCUCAUCCAAGUAUAGGCUUGUGACUUCUAGUUCUACGAGACGAACGACAUCACGGCACAAUAAAAGAUUUUCCACACGAUAUUCAACGACGUGCUCCAGGACGGCACCAACAAUCCGUUGAAUGCCGCGGAAACCUUGCGAUUGAUCCAGGAUGACCAGGGCACGCCCCCGCGGGGGCCGCUGGACGACGCGAAGGCGGUGCAGCAGGCCGUGCAGGAGCAAAUGAGGAAGGCGGACCUGCUCCAGCAGAACAAGGAGAAGGCGGUGACGACGCUGAUUGCCGACACCUUUCAAAAGGUGAAGGAGGACGAUGCAGAGGAGGUAUCGAGGCGGAAGAAACGGGACGAAAGACUGGUCGCGCUGCGGAAAAAGGCGGAGCAAGAAUACCGCAAGCUGCACCCGAAACAGCCCGAACCGCCGCUGGAAAGUGGGCUGGGGAACAUGGAGAAAAUUCUGCUCCACGACAACUUUCGGAAAGACCAGUACCCCACUCUGGCGAAAUUAGACGCGCAGCGCCGCGCGUUCCUGGAGGCGCAGAAGGGGUUCGCGCACAUUUUCAAGGACACGGAGGGGAAGAUGGUGCAGGGCGAAUCGCAGGCCAUGGCGGAUUUAAACGCGCAGAAGCGAGCGGAAUACUCGUUGAAAAAGGGUUUGGAAUACGUGAAGGACGUGUUGCUGAAGAGGCUGGACCUGAACCAAAUGUACGACCUGAAUCGCGAGUUGCUGGAAAACAACAUCCUCCCCCGGGAGAAGAUCAUCGCGCAGUCGCUCUCCUCCCGCACGCCAGACUUUGCGACUUUCACGACUGAGUGGUACGACAAGUUCGACGACGAGAUCGACGCUUACGCGCAAUUAAAGACGAAAUGGAAGAACAUGAACGUCGUGUCCGUGAAAAAGUUGCCCAAGGACGUGAAGUAUGUGCGACGGGUUCUAGUCGAAGAGCCGGUCGUGAGGCGAGCAAAGAAUGCAAAUAAAGGAAAAGAUAAGGCCGCCGCGGCACUGCAGCUUGAUGUCGGGUCAAGAACAUCUGGAAGUACAACUAGCACUGUUGUUACAAGAACACCGACCACAUUGAAAGGAUCUUCCUAUGAUGCGUCGAAAGAAGAGAAAGAGAAGGAGAAAAUAAAGGACGAAAUACAACUAGAGAUGACUGCUAGGCCAGCUACAACAUCCUCCACUUCCCACAGCACCCCCUCGUCGUUUGCUGCGAUUCAGUCUGCCAUCCCGGGCAGCAGCUACGACGAAGACGAGGCGGCGGACUUCUGGGUGGGCAAGAACCGGAGGCUGACCCAAGCCGUGCCGGUCAUUCCGUCGCAAACCCGGCGGCCCGAAAAACACUUUGUUUGGGCCCCCUGCCCCGAGGGGCAGGAGGCCGCCGCCGAUUGCUAUGCGCUGAAGGACCUGCCCCCGCAGCCGAGCCGGAAAAAGUUGGAGAAGCAGGGCUACUUCGACGAGAGUGCCGCGAGGGGUGCGCAGGCAGGUUUGGAUGAUAAGGGGGGCGUGAUGAACAGUAGAACUGCGGAGGAUGGCGCAGCGGCUUUUGCACCGGCGGUGGCCACUGACAGUACGAAAAGUAGUGAGGAGGGACCCGCUCCUGCGCCAACGCCAGCUGCUAGCGCAGAAGGAGGUGGAGUUGCGCCUACCAGUACUUCUACCCCAACGGAAGGAGGGGGAGAGGUCGAAGACACUGGAGCAGGUGCCGCAGCAGCCGCGGGGGCAAAGUCGAAAGGUAAAGCUUUGGCGAAAAAGAAAGCGAAAAAAGUCAAGUGCCUCGGGGCGAAAAAGAAAAAAAGGAAAAUGAAGAAGAAAAAGAAAAAAAAGAAAAAAGCCACAGGAGGUCUUGGAGGCAAGGGCGGUGCGGGCGGAGUAGAUUUGGACGAUGAUGAUGAAGACGAUGAUGAUGUUGACGACGACUUUGGUGAAGCAGGUGGGGAUGGCCUGAGCCAGGGCGGGCACAAGCGGAAGCGCCUCAGCGCAGGCCUGAACGAAGAGGAGGGAGGGAGCCGCAAGAAAAAAAGCCUGGACGAAGAGGAAGACUCGGAAGAAGAAGACUCGGAGGAGGAAAGCAGCGACGAUGAGGGCGAAGAAACACUCGCAGCCGACGGCACCGACGAGGAGGAGGGCCUCCACGGUCCCGGGUUCCCCUACCGGUCGAAGUACAAGCUCUCCACCGCCUCUUCGCUAACCCAACUGAAAUCUGCGCAACCACGGGGAGACAACUUAGCGCAGAACCACUGCCGCGUGCCUUUGUAUCAAAUGCAAAAAUGUCUGGGUCGGGAAGAUUGCAAGUUUGUCAUGCUCGUCUGGCAUGACUCGAGAAUCUGUGUUGCAUAGGCACGAAAAAACCCUCUUACCUGUCAUGCAAAAACGCAGCUUGCUAUGCGGAAUACGUAAGACAUGGCAGCCAAAAAAUUUCUCAUGCAUAGCUGCGUAUUCGAGUGCGUCUAUCAUUCACUUUUAGCAUUACAAGUUUCCAGACCCAGACAUUUUUGCAAUCCAUACUUUGCUGCCCGACACCAUCCGGCCCAUCAUGCUCUCGCUCUACACCCGGUUCGCGGACGUGAAGGGGCUGGGGUUCUCGGAGGUCAUGUCCGACGCCGCGUACGAAAUCCAGGUGCGGUAUCCAGGAAAAAACACCCAUGCCUAUCCAUUUUUGCAUGACAAACACAGAAAAUUAUGCAGGUUUUGCAUGACAAAUUGGAUGGGGAUAAAAGUGUUUUUACCUGGAUAUGCGGACGUCGAACGACAAGGACUGGAACGGGCAGGACUUCACUGGGCGGUACCAAAUCCAAAACCUGAAGCAGUUCUUCGGGCUGCCGGUCUGGGUGCGGUCCGAGCCGAAGACCGAGCCGAAGUACGCACUGUUUUCCACGGGGUACGAGACGGACGGAAAAGCCCGGUGGGUGCUGGCGGACCAGAUUCCGAUGGGGGAGCUAGAGGCGUCGAAGUACCGAAACCCAGAGCAUAUGCCACAGAAAACAAAGGACACCCAGAUCAGUAGAAAAAGAAAAUUUGUGUCGCUAGUAAUUGGUGUCGCUGAUGAAAAGAAUGCGGAGACCACACACAGGAGAGGCAUGCAGAAUGCAGCUUGUCAUGCGGUUUCACGAUUAGACAGAUAGCGGGAGAGCUUGUCAUGAGGGACAGCCAAGCAGACUGUCUCUGUGGCACGAAAGUCCGCAAGAACGCAGAUUCAUUUUCUUUGUGGUAUGGGUGUACAAGAACUUCUCUGUAGGAUAGAGCAGGAUAUAAACUUGAACGACAAGGAAAAGAACCAGGAAGCGAAGCCGCCCAUCGCCAGCAGCGUGUACCACGAGGGAGAUCUCCCCUACGAUUUGGAACCAGGCUGGUUCAAGGGUGGAAACACCAACAGCCGGAAGCAGAUCAAGAUGUUGCCCCUGCACCCUGUGGACGAGUCCUUGCCGCCACUGCAGCAGGCGUUCCCCACGGAGCAGCAGCAACCUCGGACCGCGAAGGCCAAGGCAAAAGCCGCGAAGGCGCGGGCGAAAUCGCUGGUCGACAGACAGCUGCUCCUCGCCCGGUACAUUGCGCAGGGCUACGUGGCGACGGUGAACCGGGAGAUGGCGGACGGGAGGCUGGAGCGGCAACGGCCGACCGGGAUGUUCGGGCUUGGCGCAGGCACACGAAGCAAUCUGGAAGAAAAAGAGCGGGAGCUGCGUGAGGAGGGGGAAGAGAAGGAAGAAAAAGUUGAUCCCAGUGAAGUCUUCGGACAGGAAAACAAAGCCGAGGAUGGCGCCGGCGGUGAAGGUGGUAGUAGCAGCAGUGCUUCUAGCUCUUCAGCGUUGGAACUGGGUGGAUCAGGAAUAGAAGUACAAGCUGAGGACAACGGAAGCGAAAAGGAGCGAGAAUCUUCUGGAAGGAAUCAUGCCUCCGAAAAAUUACGAACCGGGCGGGAGCCGGAGGUCCGUCCAGAUCAGUCAUCGGAAGUAGUUGUAAAACGCUUCAUUCCCGGCGACAACUUGUUCGCGCUUUUGCCCAAGGACGUGCAGGAAAAGUUGGAAGACGCAUGGAGCAGCGGGAAAAAGAAGAACUACGCGAAAGUAUCAAAAACGCAUUCACUUUCUGGCAAGGAGACGAGUACUACACCAAGACAAAACAGUGAGAGAACCGAUCUAUUCCAAGAAAGCGACGUCGACGCUAUAGGUGCUACAGCUUCUAGUUCCAGUUCCUCGUUCCUCCAAGAGCACGAAAGCAAAGAGCAAUUGCAGGCGAAAAAGCGGCCACAAAAUUUUCGCUACACGGUGCUGCUGCAAAACCCGGCGAAACCGGAGAUCGAUCAGGUUGCGUUUGGGCCGCAGGAUUUGGAAGACCUCCUGGGGGAGCCUACGAGGAAUUUCCCGCGGUUUCGGAAUUUGGGGAACAAAGUCCUGUACGAAAUCGACGCGGACGAUUCGGAACAGUGUUUCCUGCUGUUCCAGGACUUGUCCCGGAUGCACAAGCAGAAAAAGCUGUUAUGCAGAGGAAAAAUCCCCCCUCCCCAUAUCGAAAAGGUAUGUUUCCGAAAAUUUGUGUUGCUGAUUUGAGACCACAAAUCGCGUCUGUCUUGCAAGAAGGCAACUCCACAAGCUCCGCAGCAUUGUGCAGGCGGCUUGUGAUGCUGAUGGAACUACGGCGCGGACGUUUGUCAUGCUGGACGCCUAGGCGAAAACCUCUCUGCUUAGGCUCAGUAUGGGCCUGCGUUCCUCCCCAACAAGACAAAUCUGAUUUGUGUACGCAGAUCCUGCGUCAGAAGCUUCGUUUUGAUAUGGGGAGGGGGGAUUUUUCCUUUUGAUAGCUGUCCCUCUUCAACCUGGCGCCGGACGCGAUCCGGAAAACGGAGUACUGCGGGGUCUUGUCGGUCGAGGGCGAUGACAACCUGUGUUCGCCCUUGCCCCUGUCGAAAAAGUCGCUGGCGGUAAAGAAGUUUCACCCGAAGGCGCUGCAGGAGCAGGAGCAGCUGGUGGGGAAAAUGGAAGACCCCUUCGACGAGGAGACCAUGGCAAGAAUAAAGAAAGCCGCAGAUUUUAACUCCGUACCGGGGGCGGAAGUGGAACACGAAGUGCAAAAAUUACCGUGGAUGUAGCUGUAGGCACCAUCUCUGGUGGUGUGAACUUUUGGUCAGUCGAUCAAAAUUAAUGUUUCUGUUUCUCUGAACGGGGGACAUACCAUAGUCAAAUGAAUAACUGAAACUGACGCGAAGUCACAGACUCGGAAAUGAAUUCGCUCCUUGACACGUGCUUCACUGGUCGUGAAGCGUCUUUCUGAAAAAUCGAAUUCUCGUGUCGAUCCGAAAAAG